AUGGCCUCCGCUGACGUGGACCUGCCCCGUCGCAACCGCGACCGCAGCGACAAGCCCGCCGAUGGCGACUCGUAUCGUCCAGGAAAGACACAGCGAUCGCGAUCGCGAUCACGACCGCGCGAUGCUGCCCCUGUUCGAACAGAGGAGGAGAAGCAGGCUGCUGCAAAGGCCGAGUAUGAGAAGCUCCUGACAAUGCGAUCCGGCGGAACGUACAUCCCACCCGCGAGACUGCGCGCGCUCCAGGCACAAAUCACAGACAAGACAAGCAAGGAGUAUCAGCGCAUGGCAUGGGAGGCGCUAAAGAAGAGUAUCAACGGUCUUAUCAAUAAGGUCAACACAGCAAACAUCAAGUUCAUCGUGCCCGAGCUGUUUGGAGAGAACUUGGUUCGUGGUCGUGGUUUGUUUUGUCGAUCGAUUAUGAAGGCUCAAGCUGCCAGUUUGCCUUUCACACCCAUAUAUGCCGCCAUGGCCGCGAUUGUCAACACCAAGCUACCUCAAGUUGGAGAGCUUCUUAUCCGCCGUCUGGUUCUUCAGUUCAGAAAGGGAUUCAAGCGAAAUGAUAAGGCAGUUUGCCUCUCGUCGACUACUUUCCUCGCGCAUCUCAUCAACCAGCAGGUCCAGCACGAAAUGCUUGCAGGUCAGAUCCUACUCCUCUUGCUCCACAAGCCUACAGAUGACAGUGUUGAGAUCGCGGUCGGUUUCUGCCGUGAAGUUGGACAACACAUGGAGGAGAUGCAAAGCUCGAUCGCGAAUGUAAUCUUUGAUCAAUUCCGAAACAUUCUGCACGAAGCCGAUAUCGAUAAGCGAACGCAGUAUAUGAUCGAGGUCUUGUUCCAGGUGCGAAAGGACAAGUUUAAGGAUAACCCGGCUAUAAAGGAAGAGUUGGAUUUGGUUGAAGAGGAGGACCAAAUCACGCACCGACUCGAGCUAGAAGGCGAAAUUGAUGCGCAAGAUGGGCUCAAUAUUUUCAAAUUCGAUCCGGAGUGGGAGGAGCACGAAGAGGCGUACAAGAAGCUUCGGGCUGAGAUUCUGGGUGAGGGCAGCGACGACGAAGAUGGCGACGAGGACGAAUACGAGAGCUCUUCAGAUGAAGACGAGGAAGAUGAGAAGCAAAAGGCUAUGGAGAUCAAGGACCAGUCCAAUGCCGACUUGGUCAACCUCCGCAGGACCAUCUACCUCACCAUUAUGUCCAGUGCCGACCCUGAAGAAGCUGUCCACAAGCUGAUGAAGAUCAACCUUCCUGCCGGCCAGGAGCCCGAACUUCCCUCUAUGAUUGUCGAGUGUUGUUCGCAAGAAAAGACAUAUACAAAGUUCUUCGGCAUGAUUGGCGAGCGCUUCGCUAAAAUCAAUCGACUUUGGUGCGACCUCUUUGAGCAGGCUUUCGCCAAGUAUUACGAAACCAUCCACCGUUAUGAGAACAACAAACUGCGCAAUAUUGCCAUGCUGUUCGGUCACAUGUUUGCCUCAGACGCUCUGGGUUGGCAUUGUUUAUCUGUCAUUCAUUUGAAUGAGGACGAAACCACAUCCAGUAGCCGUAUCUUUAUCAAGAUUCUGUUCCAGUUCAUCUCGGAGGAGAUCGGCAUGCCCAAGCUGAGGGCACGUAUGACAGACGAGACACUCCGACCCAACCUGGAAGGUCUCUUCCCCAAAGACAGCCCCCGCAACAUCAGAUUCUCUAUCAACUACUUUACAAGUAUCGGCAUGGGUGCUCUCACAGAAGAGAUGCGAACACACCUUCAGAACAUGCCCAAACCUGCUUUGCCUGCCCCUGCAGCCGCAGAGGAUUCGGAUUCGGAUUCCGUCUCCAGCUAUUCGUCCUACACAGGCUCUUCCUACUCCCGAUCUCGGUCCCGCUCUCGAACACCUCGUAAGGUCGCUGAUCGAGGACGAUCACUUUCCCGUUCCCCUGAUCGAAGGAGCAGGGGACGUUCAUACAGCUCAUCGAGGUCGAGGUCAUACUCACGAUCUGUGUCUGCACGGGGAAGAGGUCGCAGCCAGUCAUAUUCCGCCAGCCCUCCCCGACGAGGUCGGCGAUACAUUAACGACAGCCGCUCGCGAUCUCCAGCCCCUCGUAAUGGCAAGGGCCGAGCUCGCAGCGCUUCUUACUCUUCCCGAAGCCGUUCUCGUACACCACCACGACAAGCACGUGGUCGAAAGGAUUCACAUGCUUCAGAAGGGCGUUCGCCCCCUCCGGCCAGAGAUGGACGAAGCCGUUCGUAUGAUUCCCAGAGUCGAUCUCCCUCUCCUGUGAGAAAGCGAGAGAGAUCAUACUCUGGAAGCCCUCGAGGUCGACCGCGCGGAAAUGCCGGUCCUGCCUCAGGCAGGCGCAACAGCUCGUCUGUCAGCGACGGACCACGACAUAAGAGCAAGCAGUAUAGUCGUUCGCCUUCAUACGAUUCACGAUCUCCACCACCAAGAAGGGCCAACCCCGAGAGCGUUUCGCCUCCACCCGCACGUAACGGACGUCAGCCCUCGUACUCGCGAUCACCCAGCCCGCCACGCCGCGGAGGAAAGAAGUCGUUGAGCCCUGUGCCGUCUAAGAGGAGACGCAAUAGCGAUAGUGUCUCUCGGUCACCGCCAAUGAAGCGAGGACGACGGGGCAGUUGA